UGUAAAACGCUUCAUGAAAGCUGUAAUUAUUGGUGGUAACGGGUUUUUAGGUAAGCAUGUUGUUAAUCUAUUCAUAUCAAAAGGUUAUGAAACAUGGAUUUUUGAUAUAUAUUAUGAUAAAAAGGCUAACAUAGAUGCAAAGUUUUUUAAGGGAUCAAUUUGUAAUGAACAAGAUCUUAAUGAAUGUUUAAAAGAUACAGAUAUAGUAAUUAAUUGUGUAUCUCCCCCAGAAUAUUUAAAUGAUAUUAAUAUAUUUAAACAAGUUAAUAUUGAUGGCACUAAAAAUAUUUUAAAAUGUUGCAAAUCUAUGGGUGUAACUCGCAUUUUAUUAGUCAGUAGUGCAAGUGUUGUCUAUGAAGGCAAAGAUAUAUGUAAUGGAAAUGAAAGUUUGCCUUAUGCCCAAAGUUUUUUAAGCCCAUAUAUCCAAACAAAAAUUGAGCAAGAAAAGUUAGUACUGCAAGCUAAUGAUACACGCAAUAAUUUUCUUACAGUUGCUAUUAGGCCACAUGGCAUAUAUGGUCCAGGAGAUAAAUUAUUGGUUCCUCAAACAUUAAAGGCAGCCAAAGAAAACAAAUUAAAAUUUAUUGUGGGGGAUGGAAGAAAUGUUGUAGAUUUUACAUAUGUGGAAAAUGUAGCUAAUGCUAUAUUUUUAGCAUCUGAAAAGUUAAAAACAAAUGAAAAAGAGAUAUCUGGACAGGCUUUUAAUAUUACAAAUGAUGAGCCAACUUUAUUUUGGGAUUUUCUGACUAAAAUUAUUGUUAGCAAGAACUAUCCAGCUCCCAAAUACAAAUUGCCUUAUUCUUUCAUUUACUUUAUAGCAUGUAUUCUUCAAAUUAUCCAUAUAAUUUUAUCUCCACUAGUUAAACUUAAUUUUACCUUCACACCCAUGAAGGUGGCUCUCAUAUCAACUCAUCAUUAUUACAGCUGUCAAAAAGCAAAAAAAUACCUUGAUUAUAAACCAAUAUAUACCAUGGAGCAAGGAUUCAGGAAAACCAUGGAAGCAUAUGAUGCAGAACAAAUGAUUCCUAACAGUUUAUAGCUAAUUUCCAAACCAAAUUUUUUUUAUCAGACAAGAAUCAAUUAUUAAGCCAAAGUUAUUAUAAUCAAAUUAAAUCUCAAUUGAUUAAUAAACCAACUAUUUAUAUUAAAAAUAUGUGUGAAUUAUUUUAUAUACUUGUAUUUUUUUUAAAAAAAACAUGAAUUUAUGAUGCUGAUAAUUCCAAAAUAAA